AUGCCUAGUUUGAACGAUACUCUUUCACAGUUCAAAAUCACCCCCGGAAGGCUGGUGAAGACCAUCCACGAAACUUCAGGAAAAUUUGGCGCCAAAGGCAAAUGGGGUCCCUUAGACUCAGACACCGGAGUUUGUCGUCUGGCCCUUAGCGACGAGGAUAAGGGCGUUCGUGAUUGGUUUGUCCAAGAACUGAUAUCGCUUGGAUGCGAAGUCAAGAUCGACGAGGUUGGCUCGAUCUUUGGAAUUUACCCUGGGAAAGACAACUCCAAACCCCCAACAGCGAUGGGAUCACAUUUGGACACGCAACCAACGGGUGGAAGAUACGACGGCAUCCUUGGAGUAUUGAGUGGACUGGAGGUGUUAAGAACCUUCAAGGAUUCAGGAUACGUCCCAAACUAUCCAGUUGCGCUGGUGGACUGGAUGAACGAAGAAGGUGCCCGAUUUCCAAUGUCUAUCAUGGCAUCCUCCGUUUGGGCCGGGAACUUCUCUAAGGAAGAGGUUUAUAACACCAAGUCUAUCUCCGACCUCAAGCCGGUCUCUGUGAAAGAAGAAUUGGAAAGAAUAGGCUACCUGGGAGAGACACCAGCAAAUUACCUGCAAAACAAACUCGCUGCACACUUUGAGAUUCACAUAGAGCAGGGCCCUAUUCUGGAAGAAGAAGAGAAGGAAAUUGGUAUCGUGGUAGGAGUUCAGUCCUAUUCCUGGUUCAACGUGUAUGUCAGAGGAAAGGCUCAACAUACUGGAACAACUCCAUUAAAUGCCAGAAAUGACGCGCUUUUGAGUUGUGCGAAGAUGCUGGUGAAGGCUAAUGAAAUAGCCCACAAGCACAAUGGGUUGUGCUCCAUCGGCACUUUGAGACUCGAACCCAGUUCAAUCAACGUGAUUCCGGAGUAUGUGCAUUUCACGCUGGAUUGCAGGCACCAGUUGGACGAAGUCCGCGAAAAGAUCAUCGAGGAAUGCAAAUCGGAGUUCCAGAAGAUCGCUGAGGCACCUAAUGGAUCUUCCACCAAAGAAGCCAAGGUAGAGUUCGAGUUGAUCUAUACCUCUCCAGCAGUCCAUUUUAACGAGGUGUGUGUAUCAUGUGUCGAGCAGAGUGCCGAGGAACUUGUUGGUAAAAACAAGGUGAAAAAGAUUAUCUCCGGUGCCGGUCACGAUUCGUGCUCGACAUCCACCAGAAUUCCAACCUCGAUGAUCUUUAUUCCAUGCAAGGAUGGUGUUUCGCACAAUUUUGAAGAAUAUUCGACGCCUGAACAGUGCGAAAACGGCUAUUUGACGCUGCUGGGUGCUGUUGUGAGGUAUGACCAGAAUCGCUCGGAGUGA